AGCAGGGGACGCCCUCCCCUACUGUCUGCCCCAUUUUAUCAGUUAACUGGUUAAACAUUAAGUUUAGCCAAUUAACUUUUUACAUACCUUUAGUAAUAUAGAAAACCUCUAAAAUUGGGCAUGUCAGAAUGAAUAUAUUAGUGUGGUGACAAUCUCAUUAAAACAUAUAGAAUUUAGGGUUUGAUCCACAUUUAAAAAAAACAAAAAACAUGCUUAUCACCAUAGUCACAAUUGUAUCUUUGGAGAUGGCUUCUACAAUAAUACUAAUUAUCUGCUGAGAUGAUUAUCCUGAUUCAGUGAUAAAUUUGAAAAUGAAUAUUCUAAUUAUUCAUCUCAUGUUAAGCAGGAUCCCAGCAUGUUAGUAAUGGAGUGUGGUUUUGUGUAUUUUCUGUUAAAUGUAGGCAUUUAUUGGGAAAUAAUUUUGCAAAUCAAUGAAACCUUUGCUGUUUUGUGUUUUCCUUUUCACUUCUGAGAAUUUUGUUCACAACUAUGUUAUUAGAACAAAUAACUCUUUUUGUGACUAUUUUGCUCUCAUAGAUGAGGUUGAUUCCUCUCCUCCUGUCCUCCACUUAUUUUUGGUUUAAUCUCAAAGUGCAUGUAUCCAAAAACGUUUUGUUUCUCAGGGCUUCAAGUUCUCAGCAGAUGUCAAACCGUUUGUCCCAAAAUACACAACAGUAACUGUGCCAUGGUCAGAACCCUCAGAAGCAUGUGUCUUUCCAACUACAUACUAUCCAUUUGUUCAGGAACCAUCUGUCGAUAAGCAACAGAUAUGUGCGGAAGAUGAGUCCUGGGAUGGCGCUUCAGCUCUUUCUCAAUAUAUAUCUGGUAGCAUUAUGGGAUAUACUCCACUUGAGCAAUGCUCUAGCUCGCUUUCAUCUGAUGCUGCACCAAAAAUAUACCCACUAGCCAGAACUCGGUAUAAUUGUAACAACUCUAAACAAUACAGUCAUUCCAGGAUAGUUAGUGAAUGUGGUGAACUCACUUGCCCUAUCAGACAAGAAACUAUAAAGACUCCUAAGAGGAGAUCAAAAGGUGAUGAGCAGAAAUUGGGCAAUAAAAGACUUGAUGGAAGUGACUCAUUAGACAGAAGAACAAGUAGAAGUUCACUUCAUACCUCUGUGUACGGCCGAGAUACUUUGAAACCAGACAGGUCUAAUAACGCUGUGAACAGGAAAUCAAAACCGAUUCCAAAAAACGAGUCUCUUCCAAAACCUGCCUUUGAAGUUACCCUUUCGGAUUUCCCUAAGUUGCAGAGUUUGGAAAACAAUGAUAUAUUGGACAUACACAAACAUAAACGGGGACCGUUAUGCUCAGCUGAAGGCAGUACUGCAUUCUUGAGACAACGAGUGAGAACGCAGACUUCUGCUUUGGUGACUACAGAGGAUGAAGCGUUAGUGGAAGACAAAGCAAUAUCAAAAAUUUAUGCAGAAGUAGUUUCAGUAUCCUCUUCACUUGAUACUAGAGCAGAACUUCCUCCAACAUCUGCAUCUCAUUCCACUCAGUCGCAUUUAUCUCUGGCCACCAUACUAUCACAGGUUCCAAAGAGAAUUGUUUCCUCGCCAGCCUGUGAACUUCUUUCCAGUAACCAUUCUUACAGGAAAGAAAAACAAGAUGUUCAGACCAGUAGUAAGUCACAAACAAGAAAUGAUGCUAGUGAAACUGAGGCUGAGGCAGCGUCAGAAAAGAAGAAGAAAAAAAAGAAAAAAAAAUCUAAAUCAAAUCCUGACGUGGAAAGACCUCAGAAUGAAAGCGUUCUAGUACAGGAACCACCAAGGAUUGAGGAUGCUGAAGAAUUUCCGGAUCUGGCAUCUGCUUCUGACAGAACAAACAGAGUGGGGACUCAGAAAUCCACUUACACUCCUCCUGUGAACAGAAUACAGCCUGAAGUACCUCUAACCAGAGAGUCCUGUGAUGCAUCCAAUUUUGGAGUCCCUGUAAUAGCAGGGAAAAAACCAGGGAAACAGGCUUCAUCUGCUACACUGGAAAGGAAAAAAACCCAGGAGGCUACUAAGGGCAGUGGAAAGAAGAGUCAGAUUCCAAUGCAGUUGGAUUUGGGAGGCAUGCUGGCUGUAUUGGAGCAGAAGCAAUAUGCAGAGAAAUCGAAACAGUCCUCCAAGCCUGUGGUGCUUUCAGUUGGUGGAGCCAUACCAAUGCUUUCAAAGGAACCUACAACAGUAACAAAAAAUCAACAAUUGAAUCAAGGGAAGACACCACAUAAUCCAUUGGACUCCAGCGCACCUUUGGUAAAGAAAGGAAAGCAGAGAGAAGUCCCCAAAGCAAAGAAACCAACAUCUCUUAAAAAGAUUAUUUUGAAAGAGAGAGAGCAGCGAAAACAGCACCUGUUAGAACAGGAAGCAGUUCCAAAAGAUGAUGGAGACACUGUUCAUCAGUGUGAAGAAUCCGCAACUGAAGAUCAGACACAUUCUCAGGAUACUAGUACAGACCUCGUGGAAGAUGUUCCCAUAACUUCAGUUGCUGUAGCUCAGAUUAGAACAGAAGUGUUCCUGGAACAUGAAGAGCUCACGGAUUCUACAGAAAGUACCUCCACUCUAACACAGCUCAACUCCAGCCUUCCGAAAAUUCAUAGCAGGAAAUUCAGAGAUUACUGUAGCCAGGUACUUAGUAAAGAAGUUGACAGUUGUGUGACAGAUCUUCUAAAAGAACUGGUUCGUUUCCAAGAUCGCUUGUAUCAAAAAGACCCAGUGAAGGCCAAGACAAAACGCAGACUUGUUAUGGGGCUCAGAGAAGUUUUGAAACACCUGAAGCUGAAAAAAUUGAAAUGUGUCAUCAUCUCUCCAAACUGUGAAAAGAUUCAGUCAAAAGGUGGGUUGGAUGAGACUCUACAUGCCAUUAUUGACUGUGCCUGUGAACAGAAUAUCCCAUUUGUCUUUGCUCUGAAUCGGAAAGCUCUGGGACGUUGUGUGAACAAAGCAGUGCCUGUCAGUGUGGUAGGAAUUUUCAGUUACGAUGGUGCUCAGGACCACUUUCAUAAAAUGGUGGAACUGACAAUGGAAGCCAGGCAUGCAUAUAAAGAUAUGGUAGCAGCUUUAGAGGAAGAGGCAGCUGAAGGAGGAGGAAGUGAAAAAGAAAAACAGAGCAUUAUCUUAUCCACUCAAUGUGAAGAGAAGAGCUUGCCUAAGACUGGUCAAACGCCUCAUGUGGAAUCUGAUGAGGAUGUACCAAAUUACAUCAAAAUCUGGAAGAGAAAGCUUGAGGAGGAGUAUAACCCUUAUGCCUUGGAAUUAGAAAAGAAUGCAACUACUGAAAUACUGACCUGAAUUUAGAAGAGCCUAGAUCAUAAGAAACAUUUGGAUGCGGUAGCAGCACAAGAAGAUUUGGCCAUGGCUUCAACAAAAAAAAAUCAAAUCUACCCCCCCAUGAUUGAUAUCCGAUUUACGGAAAAGGAUCUCUUUGAUGUCUUUACUUUUGAAUUUGAAAAGUCCAAAUUUGGGCUUUUGGGAAAAGCAAAGAAGAAAUUGGCAACGUGCAAGGUAGAAAAGGAAGUGAAUGGCAAGCUCAAACCCUGUAGCUUCAAGACAAGUGAAGCAAGUGCCAUGAAAAAUUUUAACCUUUGGUGGCAUGUAAAACGUAACCAUCCUGAAAACUAUGCGGCCUUGGUUACAAAAAAGAACCAGGAAGAUGAGGCAGCUAAACGACGUUCAUGUGGCUCUCUGAAAACUCCUGGAGAAAAGAUUUUUUGCAGAGCUUCAUCUGAAAAGAAACCCAAAAUUGAGCAAACAAAACUUGACUCAUAUUUGAAGUCCUCAAAGGUUACAGUCACCAUGGAUGCCAAUACUUUCCGUGAAGGGCUGAUGGAAAUGGUUUGCUUGAGUUCAACACCACUCACUACCUUCAGGCUAAAGAACAAAGGAUUCCAAAAAAUUGCAGGUGAAUGGGUCGGCAGUGUGGCGUUUCGACAGGGCACGAUGUGGUUCAUCAUUUAGUUGUCAGCACAGCUGAGUCUGCUCACGAAGAGCUCAAGAAAGCUUUGGAGCAGAAAUUGUGCUACCUGAAAAUGGAUGUGGCAACCCAUGGAAACAGAAGUUUCCUUGCAAUCAAUGCUUAGUACUACGAAGAAGGAAAAGAUAAAGCUGUGGUAAAAACCUUGGACAUAAUUGACACUGAAGGGCGUCACAAUUCUUCCUACGUGAAAAGUCAAGUAAAAGCUACUUUAGAAAAAUUUGGGAUCAGUGAAAUGCAAGUGCUGAGCAUCUGCGUUGACAAUGCAGCAAACAUGAUGUGCCGUCAAAAAUUUCAGCGAGGACAAUGAAACCAUUUCUACCUUUGAGAACAGGGAUGCGGACAGAACUGAAGCUAUUUUGCCUGAUGAAGGAACUAAAGGAAUGGAUGAAAUCUAACUCAACAUGGAUGCUGCUGCAUAAUGGGUUAAUGACUGUAGCCUCAUACUUCCAACAUAGCUUCAUGAGGACAACUCAAAAGUCCAACUGAUGAGGUGUGACAUUCACGCUCUUCAGUUGGCAAUCUGGGAUGGGCUGAACAAAAAACAUGCAAAGAAAUUUCUGGCAAAAAUUCGACAAGUCGUUGUCAAACUACGAACCCCCAGUGUUCUGCUUGAUCUACAUGGGGUAACUCAAUCAUUGGAUACUGUGACUCGCUGGGGUUCAACAUUUGCGAUGAUUGAGCGGCUUCUCAUUUUUCAAUCUUACUAUGAACAAGUGGCUGCUGCUGG